AUGGAGUUUGAAGGAGUUUGGUCCAAGGACCACAGGACAUUGCUGAUUGCCGUGAUGAUGUUCAAACUGGGGCUAGUGUGCACAGCCUCAGCUGACAAGUGUCUUUUGUCUCCCUGUCAAAACGGGGCCACUUGUCUCGACCACAUGGGUGACUACAUGUGCCUGUGCCCCAGUGAACCGGUUUGGUACAUGGGCAAGAACUGUGAUGAGCUCUACGACCCCUGCAAACUAGCACCCUGUGCCAACUGUACUGGCACCCUCGGGACACAGGAGUUCAUCUGCCAUUGCCCACAUGGUAUCACAGGACCCAACUGCACCCAGGUUAUGGAUGAAUGCCAGAGCAACCCUUGUGAAGGUGUCCGGUCCCACUGUGUCAGCGGGGUCAGUGGCUACUCCUGCCACUGUCCCUAUGGCCUGGGAGGGGAGAACUGCCAGGAUAACAUCACCUUUUGCUCUGAGGAGACAUGCCAGAACAGUGCCACCUGCAUCGAUGUCCCUAAUGUUGGGUACCAGUGCCAGUGUGUCGCCGGUUACCAAGGAAAACACUGUGAGGAGAACAUAAAUGAGUGCCAGUCUGGGCCCUGUCAGAACGGGGCCAUUUGUAAAGAUGGGCUCAACGCCUACCAGUGUUUCUGCGUGCCUGGUUUUCAAGGCUCCCACUGUGAGUUGGAUAUCAAUGAGUGUGCCUCGCGACCCUGCCAAAACAACGCUACCUGUGUGGAUAAGGUGGAUCACUACUGGUGUGAUUGUGUGCAAGGCUUCAAAGGCAUUAACUGCCAGGUGGAGAUCGAUGAAUGCGAGGUGUAUCCGUGCCAGAAUGGCGCCACCUGCCGAGACCAUGUUGCCAUGUACACAUGUGAGUGUGUGGCUGGCUUCCAGGGCCGAGACUGCGAGGUCAACAUCGACGAAUGUGCCAGCAUGCCCUGUCUGAAUGAGGGCAGGUGCAUAGACCUUGUCAACAGCUACGAGUGUGACUGUGAUGGGACGGGCUUCGUGGGUGACCACUGUGAAGAGGAUAUUCCUGAAUGUUCCUCCGACCCCUGUCAGCAUGGAGCCACCUGCCUGGAGGGGAUCAACCAGUACAGCUGUCUGUGUUGGCCAGGUUAUGAGGGGGAGAACUGCCAGGUGGAUAUAAAUGAGUGUGAGCUGAAUCCUUGUGAGAAUGGAGGAGAAUGUUUCCAGCGCUCAGAUGUCCUGAACUACGGAACGCUGCCUGAACUUAGCAAAGCCAAUUUCAGCUAUGAGGAGGCAGCUGGCUUCAUGUGCCGCUGUCUUCCAGGAUUCACCGGGGAGAACUGCUCGGUGAAUGUGGACGAGUGUGCAUCUUAUCCCUGUCAGCAUGGAGGGAGCUGCGAGGAUCUGGUCAACUCUUAUCAGUGUGUGUGUCCAGACGGCUUCACAGGCGUGCACUGUGAAGUGGACAUCAACGAGUGUGAGAGUGAUCCCUGCCAGAAUGGUGCCACAUGCCAAGACGCCGCCAACUCCUACAGGUGUCACUGCCCUGAACCACAGUCUGGUGAGGAUCCCUGGGGUGGACACAACUGUGAUGUACGCCUGGUCGGCUGCCAACAGCACCAGUGCCAACACAGGGCUACCUGUGUCCCUGUGCUGACCGAUGUUGGAGCACACAACUACACCUGCCUCUGUCCGCCUGGUUGGACUGGGGAACGCUGCAACACCUCCACCACCUUUUCCUUUAACUCCGAGGGCUACGUCCAUGUCCAGCUGCCUGCUUCUGGGAACAGGAGUCGGCGAGAGACUGACCACCAUGAGCCUGGCCAGGGACUCCACCUUCAGCUGCAAUUCAAGAGCACCUUGCCUGAUAUGGUACUGUUCUACCGGGGCACCAUGGACAGCUUUGUGUCCCUGGAGCUAGUGAAAGGCUUUGUCCAUGCUAGGAUGAAGGCAGGGAGGGUGCUGCAGGUUGUCUACCCUCAGCCAGUUAAUGAUGGAAAAUGGCACCAGGCUACUGUGACCAUGGACGAGAAGCUGGUUCUGGUUAUACAAGGGCCAGGAUGUGAGGAUUCAAAAGGGUGCACAGUGAAGAAUGAAGGCCACAACCAUCUCUUCUUCCUCCAGCCCAGCUCCCUUCGGGAGCUGUAUAUUGGAGGGGCACCAAAGGAGUAUUUGGCCCACACAGUCAGCAGGACAGGAUUCAUUGGCUGCAUGGAGGACCUUCAAGUUGAUCAUAGGUUGCUGCUGCCUCAAGACCUCAUCAGAGAGGAGAACCUUGGCAUGGAACUGGGAUGCAUCAAGAAAGACUGGUGCCUGGCUGACCCCUGCUCGCAACGUGGGAAAUGUGUGGACAUGUGGGUUCGUGCCAGCUGUGAAUGCCACCGGCCCUACUAUGGGGAAAGCUGUGAGGAAGAGUAUCCAUCCUGGACCUUCAGUCAUGAGAACACAAGCAGCUUUGCCUCCUUCAACAUCUUGGAGACCCAUGGGGACAACUUCACGAUAUCCUUCUUAAUGCGCUCCCUCAAACACAGCGGUCUGCUCCUGCAGCUUCGCCGAGAAGGAAGAGCCUACCUGACCAUCUAUCUAAAGGAGGGAACCGUUGCCAUCUAUAGCCCCCACACAACACUGCUGUCAGAGGCCAAGUUUGUCACUGCUGGUCACAACGAGCUGGUGACAGUAAAGGUGCGCUACGGCCACAUGGUCUUCCCCAAGGCGGGGAAUCAUCGUGCCUUAGGGAAUGUGAGCGUAGAGGCGGGGGAUGUGGCAUACAUCGGAGGGCUCCCUGUGGGUCAGAGCGUCUCUUCCUGGGGGGGAAACUUCAAAGGCUGCCUGCAGGACAUUCACCUGGACAGCAAGCAUCUGACCAUCGGAGAUCACCCAGAGGAAGUGGAGGUUUACCGCUCAAUCACAGCGGAGAAUGUGCUGGAAGGAUGCCACAGUGAUGACACAUGCAAGGAUGAGCCCUGUUUGAAUGCGGGACAGUGUCAAGUCACCUGGAAUGACUUCAAGUGUAACUGCCCCCUGAACUUCUCAGGCAGGAUCUGUGAGAUGCGUUUGUGGUGUGUCGACAGCCCUUGUUUUGACGGAGUUAAGUGUGUUGACCUCCUGGAUGGUUACGAGUGCUUAACUGAAGCCACAUUUCAGGACAACGCUCUCCAGUACGUUGCCAACAGCUCCCUGGUAGAUCCUGUAACUAGCAUCACCAUAGAUGUGCGAACGCGGGAUGAGAAUGGUGUCUUGUUGCGGGCCACCAACAGAGCCGAGGUCCUCUGCCUGGGCCUACUCAACUCCACGCUGCUGGUCAAACUCCGCAGUGGGGCGGGCCCAGAGCUUCUGGCUUUCACCAGCGAGAUGACCAUCGCCGAUGGGGCCUGGCACCACGUCCAGCUGGCCAUGGCCAACCCCGCCGAGCCGACUUCCCGCUGGCGCCUCACCGUGGACGGGCAGAGAGCGGGCAGCAGCUACGGCCUCGGUGGCAAUCUCAACUUCCUCAAUGAUACUGACGUGUGGCUUGCUGAGAACUUCACAGGAUGUUUAGGAGAGGUGAGAGUGGGCGGGGUCUACCUGCCACUCAUAAACCUACCGGUGCACCCCCAGGUGAGCCAGUUCUCCAAGCGGGGUGGGCACGAGCCAACCAUAGGAUGCCACGGUGCCCCGAUUUGUGAAUCACAACCCUGCCUGAACCAGGGUGUGUGUCUGGACCAGUUUAAUGACUUCAACUGCAGCUGCAGCCCAGGAUGGGAGGGGGACGUGUGCCAGACAGAGAUAAACGAGUGUUCGUCAGGCCCCUGUGUCUACGGUGCAUGCACUGACCUGCUGGCAGACUACCAGUGUGACUGCCAGCCUGGAUACAUAGGCAAGGACUGUCAGGAUGAGGUGGAUAACUGUCUGGAGUUCAGCUGUGUGAAUGGUGGAACGUGUCUUGAAUCCAUGGGAACUCACACAUGUUCAUGUCUGCCCGGCUACACCGGCAAGCGCUGUCAGUGGCGUUUCCCUCCUGUGGCAUGCGAUGCAAACACAGAGUGUCUCAAUGGAGGGGUUUGUGUGGGGGGCAUCUCCGGCGGCAACUGUACCUGCAAGCCGGGAUACGCUGGUGCCAGAUGUGAGACAGAAAUAGAUGAGUGUGAGUCCAACCCGUGCCUCAACGGUGCAACCUGCCUGGACAGACUCAACCGCUUCCAGUGUGUGUGUGUGCCCGGCUUCAGCGGCGCUUUGUGUGACAGCAGUAAACUGAGAGAGGAGAGAGUCCCCUGGCUGGUGGUGGCCAUUCCCCUCACCACCCUGUGCGCGCUGCUGGCCAUCCUGGCCGUGUUCUUCCUCAUCAUGACAGCGCGCAAGAAGCGCCAGUCGGAAGGCACCUAUAGCCCCAGCGCCCAGGAGGUUGCGGGUGCAAGACUGGAGAUGGGCAGCGUGCUCAAAGUGCCCCCUGAGGAGAGGCUGAUCUGAGGUCUGCAACCCUGCCUCACAGCUAUUGAUUGGAAGUAUCUGAGGGCCAGAGAGGAUGUGUGCUGUUACUGCGGUGCCUCCUGCCUGAGGGGCUGGAUCCUGGAGCAUAGGUCAAUGGCUGGAUCCCUUUGCUUGGGGAAAACUACUGACGUUUACAGUUUGAGCCUCGGAGGUGCAGAGGCUGGGAGAGACGGGCUUCUCUUCAUUACUCAGGCAUUCCUGUUGGGGCGAGUGUUUGCAAAAGGACACUCUGCCCCUUGUGAUCCCCCUGAAAAGCUGACACUUGAGGACAAUCUCAAGACCUCUUCGCAUGGCUCUAGUAUUAUGUGAGGACUUUGUGUAACUGAAAAAUUGGUGUCUGAGUUAUUUUUUCGUCCUCUAGAAGCAUGAUUUCUCUCUUCCUCCAGUCUUGAAAAAUGGAGGCGGUGGUGUAAUCUCUAGUGAAGUUGUAGACAUUUUUGGAGUUUUGUUUCUUGGCUAAGCCACCCACAUAAUACUAGUCCUGCAUGUACAGAGCUGUAGUUUAAAGGUCCACACCAGUGAUUUUGCAUGUUUAGCAUUUUAUCUACAAAAUGCACCUGUAUGUACUUCAUAUUUCUGCUGAUCUGUUCCCAAAGCAAGCAGUCGUAUUCGAGAGCUCCAGCAUCAUUUUUCAUUCCUUUUAUCCAGCCAGCUUUCAGAGACUUCAAACUCUCUUCACAUCAUUAUUCCACUCUGCAAAAAGUCAAAUCUUACCAAGAUUAUUUGUCUUAUUUCAAGUCAAAAUGUCUUAUUUCUAGUCAAAAUAU